AGUGUAAUGACAGCCUUAUUGUUCUAUAAAUAAACCCUUCACCAUCACUUCAAUUCAUUCACACCCUCUCAUUAGUUAUUUUCCUGUCUCCUUCUUAUCAUCACAACAAUGUCAUCCCAACAUUUUCUCACUUUGUUCUAUUUCCUUCUCCUCUCUUGCAACACCAUAACUUCUUCAACAUCAUCAUCACAAAAUGAUGAGACUUUUGAUUUUGUUCGUCCAAUAGAUCGCAAAUUAUUAUUAGGCCUAAACAAUAUGGAAAAGCUAAGUCAUUUGAAAUUCUAUUGGCAUGACAUAAUGAGUGGAAAAAACCCAACUUCAUUCACAGUUGUUCCAUCACCAUUGAAGUUAAACUCAACCUUUUCUUUUGGUUUAGUCACCAUGAUGGACGACCCUUUGACUUCAGGACCCGAAUUGAGUUCCAAACUUGUUGGAAAAUGUCAAGGUUUCUAUGCUUCUACAUCACAGGAUAAUUUUGCUUUUCUCAUGGCUAUGAAUUUAGCUUUCAUUGAAGGAGAGUAUAAUGGAAGUAGUAUUACUAUUUUGGGAAGGAAUCCUGUUCAGGAUAAGGUUAGAGAGAUGCCUGUUGUUGGUGGGAGUGGAGUUUUCAGAUUUGCUAGAGGCUAUGCUCAACUUACUACUUAUUCGUAUGAUCCCAAAAAUGCGAUUGCUGUUGUUGAGUACAAUGUUUAUGUUUCUCAUUAUUGAUUUUCAGUUGUUGUUGUUCAUGUUAUGUUUAAUUUUAGGAUUUGUGUUUGUGUUGGAUUUUACUAUGUUUAUGGUUCUUUGGUGUUGGAUUUGGAUCUACUGCAAUUUAAGGAUUUGUGUGUC